CAAUGAAUGCGCGGGCCGGAAGCUGAGGAGCGGGUUGGGGGCGGGGUUAGCUCACUUGAGGGGAAAAGCCCAGGAAUGGCGGAUGGGAGGCGGCUGAGCUGGUGCUGCAGUUCCGAAGCCAUAUGAGGGAUGAAAGAUGAGUCAUUCUAGGUAUAGCAGUUCUGUACAAUAGCCUUCACCUACGGUGUGGAGAUCACUUAUACUGAAAGAGACUCCAGUAUGGCUUUUUCUUUGGCUUUUGAAAACUGGUGAUUUCAUCAUACAUUCAAGUACAACUUGGAAGAAAAUCCCUAUUGAAUCUACUCUCAGAGCGCAACUUGAAGCUGCUCCACCAUGCCAUUAGUAACAAGAAACAUCGAACCAAGGCACCUGUGCCGUCAAACAUUGCCCAGUGUUCGCAGUGAGCUGGAAUGUGUGACCAACAUCACUCUGGCAAAUGUCAUUCGACAGCUGGGCAGCCUGAGCAAGUUUGCAGAGGACAUAUUUGGAGAGCUUUUUACUCAGGCAAGCACUUUUGGCUUUAGGGUGACCUCCCUAGCCGAGAGAGUUGAUCGCCUUCAGGUCAAAGUCACUCAGUUGGAUCCCAAAGAAGAGGAAGUAUCCCUGCAAGGCAUCAACACCAGGAAAGCCUUCAAAAGCUCCACAGUUCAGGACCAAAAACUCUUUGACAGAGACUCUCUCCCUGUGCCUGUCCUUGAAACGUACAACAUUUGUAAUAUGCCACCACCUCUUAACAUCCUGUCCCCCUACAGGGAUGAUGGCAAAGAAGCACUUAAAUUUUACACAAAUCCAUCAUAUUUCUUUGAUCUUUGGAGAGAGCAGAUGCUGCAGGACACAAAGGAUAUAAUAAAAGAGAAGCGGAAGCAUAGGAAAGAGAAGAAGGAUAAUCCGAACAGAGGAAAUGUUAAUCCUCGAAAAAUCAAAAGUCGGAAGGAAGAAUGGGAAAAAAUGAAAAUGGGACAAGAGUUUGUCGAGCCAAGGGAAAAAUCUGGGCCAGGAGGGUAUCCGUCUAAUAUGGUGUAUCAGAAUGGUAGCAUUGGCUCCAAUGAAAGUUUUGAUUCCAGCUACUACCCUCCUCCUCCUCAGCCAGAUUCAGGUUCGCCAUCACCUCCUGCAUUCACAGAUGACAGCCUCCCACCACCACCAAUGGAGUUCACCUAUCCAGCACACAACCAAAAUAUUUCUGGAGGGCUGAGAAAGUCCAGCCUCGUCAGCCCAAGCCACCCCCCACCAGCUCCACCUGUGGGCUCACCCCAAGGGGCCAGGCCAGGCUUUGCACCGCCUCCUGCACCACCACCGCCACCACCCAUGGCAGGCGUCCCCCCGCCUCCUCCACUUGCAGGCUUUCAAAAUGCAGGCAUCCCACCUCCGCCAUCUCCACCCUCAUUCCCACCUCACCCAGAUUUUGCGGCCCCUCCUCCACCGCCGCCUCCAGCAGUCGAGUAUGCCAUUGUCCCUCCACCCCAGUUGCCCCAACAGGCAGGCAAUGCACCUCCCCCUCCUCCACCCCCACCCCCACCUGGUCCUCCUCCUUCAACUUUUGGUGGCAUGGAUGGCUCAGAAGCUCCUCUUCCACAGUCAGAUUCAGUGUCCUCCAAGCCCAAAUCCUCACUGCCUGCUGUUAGUGAGGCUAGGAGUGACUUGCUUUCUGCUAUUCGUCAAGGAUUCCAGCUUCGCAAAGUUGAGGAGCAGCGUGAACAAGAGAAGCGAGAUGUUGUGGGCAACGAUGUGGCAACCAUCCUUUCACGCCGCAUUGCAGUAGAAUACAGCGAUUCAGAGGAUGAUUCCUCAGAGUUUGAUGAGGAUGAGUGGUCUGAUUAAAUCCCCACCCGCCAUUCAGGCUUUUUUGGAGGCAGAGAGUGAAAAUCACAUAACUUCCAGAUUGCCAAACCUCCUCACUUCCUCUCUCCCCCCCCCCCCCCCCUUGACUAAUAACCAAAGAUCAAGAUAUCAAGCUUCCAAGUAAUUGUUUUCCUUUGGGAAUAUUGCCUCCUUCCUAGCAACUUUUCCGUAGAUAUACAGAUUCUCAGGGUCCAGGGAGUGGGCAAAGUCUAUUUGUAGAUUUAUUUUGGGUUAGGAAGAUACUUUUUAACGAGACUUAACAAUGCAGGUCCUUUUGCAAUCAAAAAGUGGUUGUCAGGAUAGCAAGCAUCUUGACAGGCAAUAAAUCUAAAGGCAGUGCUCUAUCUUUGUAGCUGUAUGUUGAGCAUUGGAACGACAGAACAGUGAACGAUUCCAUUAACUAGUGGCUUGUCUUCUUACCCAGUCAGAUUUUAUUAAUAGACUCAAUCUUUUUAUUCCCACUCCAUUCCAUUUAGUCUUCUUGAAUGCUAACUUUAAAACCUAAAAUGAAUGUUUAAGAGUUGUGUCAUAUCCUGUUUCCCCUAAAAUAAGACCUACCCUGAAAAUAAGUCCUAGCAUGAUUUUUGAGGAUGCUCAAAAUAUAAGCCCUACUUCAAAAUAAGCCUAGUUGCAAUUAACUAAAAUAUAGCAAUUUGGGGGAAAGGACAUCCCCUGAAAAUAAAACCUAACACAUCUUUUGGAGCAAAAAUUAAUACAAGACCCUGUCUUAUUUUCAGGGAAACCGUGUUCCCUCAUUAUUUUGCAGUUCACUUUUCGUGGACUCCCUGUUUCGCGGGUUCUGGCAACAGAGUGUGAAAGGGGGUUUCACCUCCCCCUUGGGAGAGAGGCAGCCAAUCAUAAAAAAGAGAGAGGAGAUACAAAGCAGUAUGUAAAUCACGGCCUUAUAGUCCCUUCCUUAUAGCUAGCAACAACAAAAAAAGGUGUGCUGUGCCUUUAAAUCUCUCCUCACUUCUGCCUCACCCUUGGAGCGCGCUAUAUAUAUAUAUAUAUAUAUAUAUAUAUAUAUAUAAUCCCUACUUUGUGGAUUUUCACUUUUUGCGGAUGGUCCUGGGAACGUAACACCCGCAAUAAGUAAGGAAACACUGUAUAUAGAAGCUCUAGCAAGAAAUGUGGAUCUACACCAACAUUCUUGCCUCAGGAAAAAAGCAAAACAAAGUGGGAGAACUGAUCUGCUGUUCUCCUUAUCUAAUGCAGUUGGUAUUUUCUACAUAGGAAAGAGUCUCAGUAACAGACUUGGGCCCUUCAUGCAACCUGUCUCCACUCCUACUUUAACUCAUGGCUGGUUAGUUCCACAACUUUUUUCCUCCUCUGUUAUUUCAUAAAAACUACAGGUCUGCAGCUUCAGGAGUAGUCCAAACAGGGCAGCUGUUACACAUGACAAUAUUAACUACAUUUACUCUAAGAUCAAUUUCACCUCAAUAUGUAUGCAUACCUCUCCUGUCCAAGAUUUGAUACGUACAGUGUCACAGGGCAGGUCCUUACUAUAAUCUAGGAGACCUUCAUUAGUGACUGAUGCUGGGGCCUUGCAUAAUGGAUAUGCUGAUUUUCAGUUCCAAUAGAGUGCCCUCAUACCUUUUUACCAAUCUGAAAUUACUAUCUUUACCUGCCCUUCAUUUCUCACUACAGCAGUGGUUCUCAACCUAUGGGUCUCUAGAUGUUUUGGUCUUCAACUCCCAGAAAUCUUAACAGCUGGUAAACUGGCUUGGAUUUCUGGGAGUUGUAGGCAAAAAACACCUGGGAACCCACAGGUUGAGAACCACUGCAUUACAGUAUGCCUUGUAAGACUUUCUGCCUUCUCUUUCUUGCGGUGAUGCUGCUGCUGAUAGGCCUGCUUCUUUGAUGUCAGAGCUCCGUGUUCUGUUUAGCCAAGGGACCAAAGCAGGGAUAGAAAAAUGUGGCCUUCCAGUGGUUUUUGGGUUGUUACUCCUGUCAGCCCUAAUCCCCUUGGGGAGAUAGGGCUGGUUAUAAAUAAAGUGUUACUAUUAUUAUUGGGGCCCUCUUGUGGCGCAGCGGGUUAAACCGCUGAGCUGCUGAACUUCCUGAGCAAAAGGUUGGCAGUCUGAAUACAGGGAGCGGAGUGAGUUCCCGCUGUUAGCUCCAGCUUCUGCCAACCUAGCAGUUCGAAAACAUCCAAAUGUGAGUAGAUCAAUAGAUACUGCUUCUGCAGAAAAGUAAUGGUGCUUCAUGCAGUCAUGCUGGCCACAUGACCUUCGAGGUGUCUACGGACAACGCUAGCUCUUCGGCUUAAAAAUGGAGAUGGGCACCAUUGCACAGAGUCGGACACAACUCGACUUAAUGUCAAGAGGAAACCAUUAUUAUUAUUAUUAUUAUUAUUAUUAUUAUUAUUAUUAGUCACCAUAGCCAAUCCGCAUUAGUGUGCAAGGUUGGAGUCCAGAAACAUUGGAGGGCCACACAUUUUCAAAUCCUUGAAACAAGAAUUUGCUUCAGGCUGAAUUUCAAGCCUCAGUGGGAAGAAUUCAUAAUAACUACUCUGGGAAAGUUCCCUUAGACAUUCCUUGUAGGGAUUGUGGUGCUUUUGUGUGCAGCACUGUACAGCCUUGAAUGUAUACUUUCAGUAUCGUAAGACUACUAAGUUGGCUCUUGUUGACGGUUUUCUCACUUCAAAAUCAUUCUAAAUUUAGAGCACACGUUGCAUGUCAAAA